UCCCUGCCUAUUCUACCUAGGUGUACAAUGAAGACAUUCUGUUCUGAUUACACAUUACUGAAAACAUGUGGAUUAAGAAAAGAAAAUCCCUCUUCAGCUGAAGCAUACGUAUUACCUUCAGAUCAAAGGCCUUUUCACUCUCUGUUACCCCAGCUGAGUUUCACUCAAUGUUCUUUAAAGCCCCCCUCUGCCCACACAACCCACAACACAUGCAGAGGGACAGACCUGCACAGAGAUAGAUAUAUGGAUGGAGGUGACAACGUGAACAGUGUUAAUACAGGAAGACAGUGUUUCAGAAGCGUCCAACCGAUGGCUCAGUAGGACUCAGAGGAUCUCUGGUGGGGGCAUUAUGAAGACUCUCCAAGUGUUCUCCUGGUGUCUUCUCUCAGGCCGAACGUUGUGAUCUCUGUUCAACAGCUCUGAGUGUUGUGAGGUCAUCUGUUACCAAGGUGAUGGGCGUUGAAGGAGGACCAGUAUACAUCAGAUGUUCACACACAUGGGCGUGGAGCACCAUCAAGUACUUCUGCAAGGGGACCUGUUCAGGCCAAGACAUCCUCAUUAAGACCACGGACAGAGAGAGGUCUUCUGAGAAAGAGAGAUAUAGUAUAUAUGACUUUAGAAAUGGGGACCUUAAUGUGACCAUCAAGGACCUGAAGAAGUCAGACUCUGGGACAUACUGGUGUGGAGUGGAGAGAGUUGGUUUAGACACAUACCAAGAGGUGUAUCUGACAGUUACUGAUGCUCCUUCCACUACUAAACCAUCCACUUUUACCCCAAAAACCCAUGUCAUCACAUCCCUCUCAAACAUCUAUGGAACCUCCCCAAACGUUUCCACAAUGUUUCAGACAACUGGAGCAGGUCUAAUGGUGUGGACCAGUGUUAGUCUGGUAGUCAUGGUGACGGUAAUGGGACUGGUCCUGGCUCUGUUCUGUAUAAAGAGGAGAGGAAGCAGGAGACCAACAUAUCCACAGCUUGUCUACAAAAACACCAAGACAGCCCCUAGUGGAGAGGAGAGAGGAAACAAGCAACCAAAACCUCCACAACCAGUCUACUACAACACCAACACUGCCCCUAGUGGAGAGGAGAGAGGAAACAAGCAACCAAAACCUCCACAACCAGUCUACUACAACACCAACACUGCCCCUAGUGGAGAGGAGAGAGGAAACAAGCAACCAAAACCUCCACAACCAGUCUACUACAACACCAACACUGCCCCUAGUGGAGAGGAGAGAGAAAGCAAGAGACCAACACCAUCUUCAACAGCCUACUCCACCAUCAACCAUGAAGAGGUUGACAGUUUGUAUGAGAAUACCAGAAAGGUGGUCCCUAUGAACUCACCAAAUGCUUCUACCACCUACCCUGCUGACCACACCUCUACAAUCUACCCUGCUGACCACACCUUUAAAAUCAAACCUGCUGGCCACGCCUCUACAACCUACCUUGCUGGGCACACCUCUAAAUCCUACCAUGCAGGCCACACCUCUAAAUACUAUCCUGCAGGCCACACCUCUACAACCUACCCUGCUGGUGAAGUCACAAGUAGCUCACACUUUGAAAUCUAUGUCAAUGUCACAGAUUUUACUGUACUUCGUGACUCAUGUGUAAUGAAAUAAAGAAAGUAUUUUAUUUAAA